AGAGAAAAGUGAUUUUGUGAGCUGGAAAGAUGUGAGUUUGUCAGGGAUUAGACUUCGGCUCGGUUCGGGUCAACUCGGUUCUAAGCCAGUCGACAAUCCGGAAGUGUAGUUUUGUGCAAUCAAAAGAAAAAUGCCAUCAACACACAUGGGAGGUAGUGGUCUGUGGAGUAAGUGAAGCCCCUGGCUGCAGGGACACAGAGAAGCGCUUCCCUCCGCAAAGUUUCUCCGUGGAGCACAGACCGCUAGCAGUCUGCCCCCUGCUGCGGAGCAGACACUGUAGCCGGCUAACAUAGACAGCUGCUGGCGCUGGAUACGGGAACGAGGCCGGGAAGAUGACUGAACAGGAGGCGGAUAAGGUGCAGAAAGUGAUACUGGGGCCUCUGUGAACCCACUCAGAAAUGUGCUGCUUAAUGUCACACCAUAAGAAAUAAGAGGGUCUCGACUAGCUAACGUCAGCUAGCUCGCCAGCUAGCCGGUUAGUGCUGCAGCUCGAUGAGCCUCAGUUCAUUUGGAAAUGCAAGCCUCGUUUAGCGGGCCAGCACGGCAUGAGAGAGGUGAGUGACCCUGGAUCCUGCCGCUGCAUCCUGUCGUUGACUGGGGCGGCUGUUCAGCUAAAAAGCUGUCAUUGUGGCUAUUUGGCGUUAGCCGGCUUGCUAACAGCACGUCAGCGCAAGUGAACUGGUUAGCUGGCCGUGAGGAUGAUCGGUAUGUGUGUGAUGCUCAGAGACCGCUGUAGAGGGGACAGACACUGGGCACGGCCCUGCUGCAUUUAACACGCACCGUGUCCUGUGCUUGAACUCAGCUUCAGCGACACUGGGCAUAUGAAGCGAACAGUUCAGCGACACAGACGGCUGCUGUGUGCAGAGUGGACGAGUCAGCUGAAAGCAGAACAACAAGUUUGUAGUGUUGGCAAACUAAGAGGCGUCGGCCGCCCUCCCAGUCCUUCCCUGCCAGCCCCCAGUUCACAGGAAUCAUGUGAGCCGAACACCGGUAAGCCCGGUCCGUGUCCGUUACUUCAGUAGGUUCGUGCCGCAGGCUGCUCUCUGUCAUCCUACCAGUCAGCUCCACGUCGGCUGGCGGAGGGAGGAGGGGAUUCACCGAGACUUUCAGCUGGUACACUUUGUGACAGGAGCAACAGUUUCUUCUUCUGCUCGGCUCCUCUUGUCGGCUUGAAGCCCUGCAUGGCUGAACAGGACCACGACUUCAGGAUGGUGGAAGGAUAACAUUCAAGGAGUUGCACUCCCUCCACCCAAAGUGACCUGUCUUCUCCUUUUGUCCACUUUCACCUGCAGUCCAUUUUGCUAGCUGCAAGCUUGCUGACCUGACCUUAUGGGAUUUCAUAGACUGCAUGUAUUCCACAGUAACAUCAUAUAAAUUCCUUUUAAAUUAGACAUUCCUAUAGCAGACACCCUCCUGACUGAAGGACAGAAUGAAAUAAGUACAGAAUGGUGGGAUAUUAACUCCCUGCACAUCCAAAAUAGUCACCUUGGUCUGUAGGAUUCAUACUGGUAUCGCUUGUUCCUUAUCAACCCCACCCCUUUUCUAGUGUUAUUGGGCCAUGGUUCGCAAGAAAAGCUCUUUUAUACUAUGCGGUGCUUUCCUGUUUGUCGCCUGGAAUGCUUUGCUUCUACUUUACCUUUGGGGUCGCCCUCCCAUGGGCCACCUAGGAGAAGGCGGUGGAGCUGAACCAGGAGGAAAGGAGGAGUGGGGCAUGGUCAGAGGUAAAGGAGGUCAAGUUAACCUUGCUGGGGAGGUCAUCCGACUGGCCGAGGAGGUUGAAAUUCAACUUGACACCCAGAAAAAGCUAUUAAAGCAAAUUGAAAGUCACAGGGCGGUGUGGGCUCGGCAGAAGGAGAUUGGGAAAAAGCAAACUGAUAAUAUCAAAGAAGUAAAUCAGAUUGUUGACCAGCAGCAGAAUAAUCCAGUUCCUCUCAUAAAUGAUGUGUAUGUUGGGGACCAAGGUGAAAUAAAACACACACAGAGGUCUGUUGCUACAGUAGCUGCAGGCUCCAAUAUAGAACGGCAUCAGGCCACUGAUGUAAAGGAAGAGGUUGCUGAGGACAAUAAAGUAACAGCUUCUGUUUCUGGUCCACAAGUCAUCAUUCCCAUUCUGGUUAUUGCCUGUGACAGAGUGACAGUAAAGCGGAGUCUUGACAAACUGAUACAGUACCGCCCUUCUCAAGAACUGUAUCCAAUCAUCGUCAGCCAAGACUGCGGCCAUGCUGAGACGGCUCGUGUGAUUGGCUCAUACGGAGAAAAAGUAACGCACAUAAGCCAACCAGACCUGUCGGACAUCAGAGUCCGGCCAGAACACAGGAAGUUCCAGGGGUACUACAAAAUCGCCCGACAUUACCGCUGGGCACUCAACCAAGUAUUUCACACAUUCUCGCAGUCUACUGUGGUCAUUGUGGAGGAUGACUUGGAGGUCGCACCUGACUUCUUCGAGUAUUUCCGAGCCCUGUAUCCAAUCUUGCGUUCUGACCCAACCCUGUGGUGCGUUUCUGCCUGGAACGAUAAUGGCAGAGACGCCUUGGUGGAUUCGUCCAAAGCUGAUCUCCUCUACAGGACAGACUUCUUCCCUGGUCUGGGCUGGAUGCUGCUGAAAGAGAUGUGGGAUGAACUGGAGCCCAAAUGGCCAUCGGCCUUCUGGGACGACUGGAUGCGUCAGCCGGAACAGCGCAACGGCCGCUCCUGCAUUCGGCCAGAAAUCUCUCGGACUAUCACCUUUGGCCGGAAAGGUGUGAGCUUAGGUCAAUUCUUUGACCAGUACCUUCGUUAUAUUAAGCUAAACACUGAAUUUGUGCCUUUUACCAAACUGGAUUUGUCUUAUUUGCUAAAAGAGAAGUAUGAGGAAAAGUUUAAAGAGGUUUAUAGCGCCCCACUGGUAAAGAUUGAGGAUCUGCAACAAGGGGGCAGUUUAAGAGGACCUGGGCCGUACAGGGUGCAGUACUCCACCAGGGACAGUUUUAAAGUCUUUGCUCGAAAUCUGGGAGUAAUGGAUGACUUAAAAUCAGGAGUUCCUCGUACAGGUUAUAGAGGUGUGGUCAGCUUCCUGUACCGUGGUCGAAGGGUGUUCUUAGCUCCACCAGAGGGCUGGUCGCAGUAUGACACCAGCUGGAGCUGAGAGACCCAGACGCGGUCCAAAUGGUGUUGAAGAGGGGACAGAGCCUUAAUCAGAGGAACACCCUCUCAGACCAAAGAAUACGGUGGACGCAGGAGUUCAAAGUUAAACGUGGAGCUGGAAGGCCGAGCUUCUAAAACUGACGCUCAUUGAGGAUCGGCACGUGUGGGCCACACAGACUUCAGAGCGGUCCCACUUUGGCUGAAGCCAUUCCAUCCUUAAACUAAACGGCUGCUGUCGGCGUGCCUUGCUUUCUGGGCUCAUUUUGUUUGGUGUAUUCUCUCUUCUUGUGACAAACUGGCCAAAUAUAGACUUGACAUCACUUUCAGAUGUUUGCAGCAGCUACUGGUAAUCAUGUCAUUAUCAACAGUGUGAGUGAUGGUACACUGCAGUGGAGCCUGACAGGUAUUGGAUCAAUGCAGUUUUGUUUUUUGGUGGCUCUUAGUUUUGGCUAGUCUGUGAUGCAGAAAGAGUAAGCACUCUGCUAGAUAAACUAUGAUAACACAUUUGUAAUGACUCCCCGAGCAUUUUGCUAUGAACAUCAUCAAUUUGCACAUACUAGACAAAAAGUAAGCAGAUACUGUGAAAUCCUAGAAUCAGUCAGACUCUGCACUGAAAGCACACUAAUCACCGUUCACACCUGGGAGAAAGAAGUGUCCUAUGUAACACCUUAUCCACCUCUUGGCUUCUGUAACGCUUGUAGAAGGCAUCACGCAUUAGAUUGUAUAUAAAAGAUGGACACACUGAAGCCUCGAGCUGACCAUUUUAAACAUCAGCUGAACAAAGUGAGGGGUCAAUCUGACUGUGCAGUGUUUCCCUCCGCCUUCCUACAGCUCACAGAUGUGACUACAGAGACAAAAGCAGGGAAAAAUGAUUUGUGACCAUGAACCGAUUGAAGUAAAUAAACACAGCUUCAAUUGUUUUUACUUCUUUCCCCUUGAUUUCUGGGCUGGAGAUCUUGCUGAGAAACUGAGGACCAAUGCAGGCUCAUGUGAAAAUCAAAAGGUAACCCAACAAGUAAAGCAUGCUGUGAUUUAUCCUCCUCAGAAUCAUCAGGAAGGUUUUUACUGAGUCCUUAAAUCAAGAAAGAGGUUUUUCAAGUUUUUGUGCAGCUGCCCCCUGCUGGCCUUUGGAAAGAAUGCAGGCAACACGUGCAUCUUUUAUAUACAGUGUGUGGUAGUAAACAGGCCAUUUUCAAAGUUUAGGGAGAUCAAAACGGUAGGUUGGAUUGAGGACUAACUGACAACAGUGCAGUACUUGCUUUACUGUCUCUCAGUCACGAGGCACAACAUUUUUUACUCAUGAGUGCUACAAAUACAGAGGUGUGGAUGCCAAAUAACCAGAUGUAGUCUGAAUAAGGUCUGACGUCUAAUAACAGUAAUAAUAGGUUUCAGAUAUAAAACAAGAGUGUACACCUGAAUCUACUAAAUAUUGUUUCCACAAAGAAUGAAGCUCUGGUGAGAAACCGCUGUUUUAGUGAGGAGGUGACAUUGUUAGAAGCAUUUACACGGGACAAACAGCAGGUGCGUGAGUGCACGAAGUCUUCACUAUCAAACCAACAUAGGCAACGAGACUCCACAGAGCCCGUCAUCCUGUCGAACUCUGAUGAACUUGUGUGAAUAAUGUUAAAGUGUAGUUUGAGAAGAAAGUGAUACCUGCCCACAAACCAUCACGUAGGUUAGUCUGUGGGGAUGGUUAGUGGCUUUCCUGGUUCAGAAAGCUGCUUAAAAAUAGAGCUCUAGUCCUGCUCGAGCAGACGUCUAAUCUUAAAAAGAAAAACUUUGAAAACCUGUCACUCCAGUGUGAAUCACAGCCAUGCUUUACUGAAAAACACUACAUUUCAGAGGGUUACAGUAUUUUUCCAACACGCUCCCUUCAGGUGUGUCAAGCUGUAGGUUUAUGAAGGACGUAAAGCUGCAAAUUAACUUCAAAUUUCACUGACAUCAUGAUCGCCCUCAUCAUGAAACAGCAACCAGUGUUUGAUAGUUUCUGCAACAGGAGGUCUGUGAGGUAGCUACAGAUGAUUAUCACUGUACUGUAAUUAGCUUUGGGAGAUUAUCUACAUGAUUGACUGAUACCCACUUCUGUAUGGUGAUGUGUAAAACCACUGCCUGAUGUUUAUAACUUUAUUACAUUACAAAUAAAAUCCACUAUUUUGAUA